AGAAAGUGCCACACCCGAGAGAUUACAAUCGCAACGAUCCUCUCACGUAUCAUCGGGUUCCGGUCUUACUUCGUCUCCAGCACCCGAACGUGAAAGCAGAGCAAGGGUUAUUAUGGAGCAGCCCGAGCUUUUAGCACCUUACGUAUCGCUAACAGCAGUGGACAGGCCCACAUCCCCGGUCCAACAGCAAGUGAGUGCAACGGCAGCAACGGCCUUGACCGCAGUGCAAGCCGAACCUGCUGUACCACACCGUCCAAAGAAGUUGUGCGUAGGAGAAACGGUUUCAGCUUGUAGUCCGACCUAUUAUCAAGAAUACGGUUGGUCAGCGUGAUUCCUCUGGCAACACACUUGAUGAUUUCGUUGCUAAUGGAGACACGUUCGGGGAAAUCAUUCAAAAGAUCUGGGAUGCAUUUAUCCAGCACGUGAAAGGCCGAGCCAUUAAGCUAGGAGAAAGUUGGUCGCAAGAACACCCUACACAAUUGGCAUGGACAAAAGUGAUGCAGGUAAGCUCAACAAUCACCUUGUGGACAACACCAAGUCCAAACAGGCAUGGAAUCAGUGGCUGGUUUCGUCACGUGGGAAGACCGUUAAACUUCUCAUCUUCGAAUAUGGACUGGCGAUAUCAAAAGCUAAAGACCUGGAGCAAUUUUUGGUUACCUGCAUCAGACCUGAGCAUACGGAUCGUGCUGGAGCUACAGCAGAAUGUUCCCAUCGCGAAGUUGCAGAGAAGUUAGAAGAGCACUGGCGCUCUACCUUUGAUACAUCGACAAUCGGAUGGCGCCUCAGGGCAAAUCACAUCACUCGUAACCUCAACCGCUCUACUUGGCAGGAGCACGUUACAGACCCUCAUUCAUCUACUGCGUGCUCCACGUUGACAAGUCCAGCAACGGGCACAAGGCCUUAUAAAAUCGGGUGAAAUGGCUUUAAAUUGCGUGGAAAGCUGUUUGGCUGGCAAUGGAGAAGUUCGGCGAGACGUCAACGCUUGAGCGCUGCGAUUGGAGGCACACCAGAAAAA